AUGCACGGGCUGGUCCUCGUAAACGAGGGCCGGACCUCCACCUGCGUGCGGACGCAGGGGGAGUCCAUUGCGGACCUCACAUGGGCUACCCCCUCGGCCGCGCGCUUGAUCACCGGGUGGAAGGUGGAGCAGGGCGUCGAGACUCUAUCGGACCACCGAUACAUAUCGGUGGAGCUCGGCGUCCUCUCCUCCGUGCGUCGUCAAGAGGAGACGCGACCGCGAUGGGCCCUCCGGAAGCUCCGCGAGGACGACCUGAUGGCCUCGAUUGAGGCCGCCUGUUGGGUCCGAGGAAGUUUCCCCGGGAUCCGGGAGACGGACCCCCUGCAAGAGGCCGAGUGGAUGGGGGCAACGCUCACCGCGGCGU